AUGUUACCUCGCUCUGAUGAUGUCCGUCAUAUGACGGACGAAAGCUCAGCACGUGUUCACUGGAAUCGAAGGAGAUUGCCUCGUAAACAGCGUCAGCAUGAAUCUUCCUGUAAAACCAAUCGACAGCUGAUCAAGAGGAAUUCACCGUCGUCUUCUGGUGGAACUGACUUUAAAAUCUCUUCACCCAACACUUUUACUCGAAAUGGAAGUAAUCCCAACAAUUAUGAAGCAAGGGAUUACUAG